AAUCGGACGCGGACUGUCAAUUUUUGUCAACGUAAUUCAAAAUAAAACUUUCCUCCGCGUAGUUUUCACAGUUUUAUACUAAGCAAAUUUAGCGAAAUUUUAAGAAAAAACCAGUGGUUUUGCAGUAUUUACGUGAUCUGAACGUAUCUCAAAAUAGUAGAGAGGCAUUGUGAUACAAAUGGUGCACUGCAAGCCUAUUCUGACCUAUUCCGGUGAUGUCCGGUUGUUCAGGACGCUCGAACCGCACAUUGAGUCGGCGCUUCCGUCGGACACCGCUGAAUGGAAGCGCUCGUACGGUCGUCCGGUGAAGAAUGUCCGCGUCGAAGCCAGCUUCAAGCCGUUCGAUGCUGCCCUGCUGGAGAAGUACCGCGACGGAAGUUGGAGCAUCGUUGAUCAUCCGGUGAUGCAUAUCUACGUGACGGAGUGCAACGACGUGGAAGCAUACCGGGCCUCGGUCAAGGAAGAGAUAGACCAGUGGCUGAAAACUUUAAAUAGCUACAACGUCACGGACUGGAUGAUUUUGCUCGUGGAAACUUUGGACAUCAAAAAAUCGAAGAAUAUUCUCCCGAGGACGACGGUUCUGGAUAAGAUUCGACUGGAUUUUGCAUCAAAAAAUGGAGAUCGUUGCCUUUCGGUGCUGAAUCCGACCAAGUUCGAGAUGAAAGCAACGGAAUCGUUUCGAUGCUUGCUCCAACGGAUUCGGCAUCUGAUGUUGACGGGUUAUAAUAAGAAUAUCGUGAAGUACGAAGAGCUGAUUCGCUCGAAUCGGGAAAACAGGAUCCAAGAGAAUUGGAACUUUGUAGACUAUUUCCUACUGCAAGAGGAGCUUGCAUUCGUACUGGAAAUGUUGGGUCAGUAUUCGGAAGCGCUGGUACAAUACGACGAGUUGGAUGCUUUGUUUUCUCAAUUCAUACUGAAUUCGGUUUAUGGUGAGAAGCAAAAGUGGCUCCAGAUAUUCGAUCAACCGCUGUACGCUUUCCAUGGAAUUUCCCUAAAUCCAUAAAAAUGGAAGAAACGCGUAAUAAUCAUCGACCAAUCAGUAAAUCUGUUGGAGUUCAGAAGUUAUCUUUUCGAACGACAGUGCUUAUUGUUGGACGCCAACGGAAAACCAUGGGAGAUUGCCGAACGUCUUCUGCCGUUCCUGUUUUCAACCCUUCGAGAAAUUGAAGCUUUGAAGCUUGAAACUCCCGAAGGUGCGUUGGCAUGCUGGGAAUUUGUUUGCGCCCUCGAAGUACUGAACCUAUGCGACAAAGUCCAAGAAUCUAAAGAAAUCCACAAAUGCUCUCAGUACUCGGCCCCGAUCUGGAAUCUUGCCAAGGAUAAACUCUAUAGCCUUGGAAAGCAUUGUGGUCUGUUGCCAGGCUUUCACCCAACAUCGGAACAACUUCAUGCGGUUGUCCAUCUAUCCGCGGGAAUGGGCGAUACCAUCCCGGAAAGUGCCGGUGUUUUGCUCGAAGUAGAACCAAAAGAUAAGAAAACACAUUCCCCAGCACGUAAACCGAAAAAAUCUGCGACUGACAGCCUGAAAGAAGCGCUGGGAUCCAAUCAAGCCUUCACCAAGUUGUAUCUAGAACUAAGUGAGUUGGCAAUCAGCACCUACAAGCACGUGUCGCGAUUACGAUCUGCCCGACUAGUGGGACUGGACUUGGGCAAUUUUUACAUUUCGCUCAAUGAACCCCAGAAAGCGGUGGUGUUCUUCACAGAUCUGCUUCGUGAACUGAAAACCGAAAAUUGGCACCAUUUGGCCAGUCAAACGUUGCUGGAACUAGCAUCUUGCUACAAAAAGAUGGAUGAUUGCGUAAAUUACACCAAAACGUGCAGUGCCAUCUCGUGCAGUUUGGAUUUGGAAAUGAUGGUACGCACGUUUUAUUUUGACGAGUUUGUGAAAUCGUUGAAACACCUGAAGGAUUUGCGGAAUGUCGACAUCGAUGCGUUGAACGUCAUGACAACAUUGGAAGACCAUUUCAAGAUAUUGGACAUCGGAAUCCAGCAAACCUCUAUUAUACAGGACGACAUAGUGACGGUUACUUUAAAAAUAGCAAGCAGCUUUCCCCGAGAGAUAUUCUGCCAGCAAGUGUUACUUUCGUUCGAAAUGAACCCGAAACAACCGACCGAUGGUUCGCCUUCAAGUGCAACGUUGAUCGAACCAAUUGCGUUGCUGCCAAUAUCCAUACACUUGGACUACAAGCAGGAUCGCAGUCUAAGUUGCGCUUCGGUUGCAUGUGACAAUAAAGCUAAGCAACCGGUCCGAAGGACUAGCAGCACUCGGCGUAAGAUAUCUCCAACCCAACGUUCGGAUUUUACCAACUGUGUAAGCGUCGAGAAAGUUUUGCUCCAGCCUGGACUAAAUGUGAUCGAACUGCAAUCAAAAGCCAAGCGUGUCGGUUCUUGGUCAUUCAAUCAACUAGCUGUACAGCUGGACAAUGUAGAAUUCCUAUCAGAAAGUCUACCACAAGGGUUGCCCAGUUUUGAAAUCAUUACUAAAGCUUCAUCAGCCGUUCUGAAUUUUAUGAACCUGAUAGCAGGAGUCGAACAACCAGUAAAACUCAUCGUUUCCGGAGGCAGUUUUCGUUUCCCUAAGGACGCAAGUAUAGUACUUAAAUGUUCGAAGAACCUCAAAAUGAGAAUUGCCAGUUUAGAUGAAACCGUUGUGAAAUCUACCUUCGAACGAGAGCUUGUGGUCAAUUUGCAGAAUUUUGAAUCAUUUGAAGAACGAACGAUCGAUUUAGAAGCCCUUUGCGAUUUGCCUGGCAGGCGUGAGGAGAAACCCAUCGAACAAAAAGUGACCCUCCAGGUUCCUUGGAGCCGUAAUGAAAUUCAAAUCCCUCUACACUUUUUACCGGCAAUGAUUGCUUCCUGCCGUUUGCACUCUUCAGGUGCGAGAAAGUUCUUGCAAGUCAUUCUAAAGGGGGUCAGCGAUCACAAACUCAUUCUUAAAGAUGCUUCGAUGUCCUGUGCUGCUGAAGGAGUGACCAUCAUCGACAUCAAUCCCAAAUCACAAAACGAAAUCAUCAUGAGCAAAACCGUAUCUAUUUCGUACCUCUACGAGAUCCAGGUCGAAGCACUCAAAGCCGAAAGCGAACUUCCCGUUAUACAUGUGGACUACAGAAUGAAGUUCGCUGAUGCUAGCCUUCCGGAGGACAUCCGAUAUUACAUUCCGUACUCAGUCACGUUCGACGUGAUGGAUUAUACGACUUUGUUCACCAUCUGCGCUAAAAUCGAACCAUCCGAGCUGUGUCGAGUUAACUCGGUUUGCCAUUUGAAUCUGCGAAUCUCCAAGGUGCACGCCAAUCCAUUUUCCGAUCUGAUGUACGAAGUUCUUGCCGAUCAGAACAUGUGGGUCGUCGUGGGAAGAACGGCAGGCGUCAUUUCGAUGGAAGACGUCGACAGUCACAGCAUCACGCUGGACGUUUUGCCACUGACGGCGGGAUUCUUGCCUUUGCCCAACAUACGGCUGUCGAAGUACAUUUCGGCGAACAAGUCCUCCAAAAUGGACGCACAUCCUCGACUGCAACCGUUCCCUCCGGGGCAGAUUUAUAACUCGACCAAGAGCAUGCAGAUCCACGUACUGGCUAGUAGUAAUGUAGAAGCAUAAUUCCGAGAGUGUGUUGCUUAUCAAAUAUUGUAAUACGUUAUAUAUAAAAAUCGCACCGUAUUAAAAUAUAGUAGUUGCUACUUUAUGCAUCUAG